CAUAUCCACUAACUGUAUCUUUGUUUUGAUAAUCCUCUUCCCUUUCUCUGCAGGUUUACUCCCAGUAUAUCCAUUUGUAUCUGAGCCACAUAUUGUUAGUUAUGAAACAUGGAAUAGCAAGCCCAGGUCUCACCAUGUGAGGAAAGAGCAGUUUGCACUAUUAGGUGGAAGCCCUUAGAAGAGAAGCUGAACAGAGUCUGCCUUCGGCUUCCCCGAGUUUCCAAGAGUCUGGAGAAAUCAUUGGGCAAGGUCACAAAUGCACCUUGGAAACUCAGGACCCAACAUAUAUGGAGCGUUUAGCAGGGUUAUUGUAUGGACCAGCUUGGAUUUCCAGCACAGGGAUAGUCAGAGGACUGCCCUUCACUUGGCCCACCUCCAGCUCCCAGGAACAGGUGUCAGCUGUGAUGCAUGUUUAAAAGGAAAUUUUCGAGGUCGCAGAUAUAAGUGUUUAAUUUGCUACGAUUACGAUCUUUGUGCAUCUUGUUAUGAAAGUGGUGCAACAACAACAAGGCAUACAACUGACCACCCAAUGCAGUGCAUAUUAACAAGGGUAGAUUUUGAUUUAUACUAUGGUGGGGAAGCUUUCUCUGUAGAGCAGCCACAGUCUUUUACUUGUCCCUAUUGUGGAAAAAUGGGCUAUACGGAGACAUCUCUUCAAGAACAUGUUACUUCUGAACAUGCAGAAACAUCAACAGAAGUGAUUUGUCCAAUAUGUGCAGCGUUACCUGGAGGCGAUCCUAAUCAUGUCACGGAUGACUUUGCAGCUCAUCUUACACUUGAACACAGAGCCCCUAGAGAUUUAGAUGAAUCGAGUGGUGUUCGACAUGUACGUAGAAUGUUUCACCCUGGCCGGGGAUUAGGAGGUCCUCGUGCUCGUAGAUCAAACAUGCACUUUACUAGCAGUUCUACUGGUGGACUUUCUUCUUCUCAGAGUUCAUAUUCUCCAAGCAAUAGGGAAGCCAUGGAUCCUAUAGCUGAGCUUUUAUCUCAGUUAUCAGGAGUGAGACGUUCUGCAGGAGGACAGCUUAAUUCCUCUGGCCCUUCCGCUUCUCAGUUACAACAACUGCAGAUGCAGCUGCAGCUAGAACGGCAGCAUGCCCAGGCAGCACGGCAACAACUGGAGACCGCACGCAACGCAACCCGGCGUACUAACACAAGCAGUGUCACCACUACAAUCACACAAUCCACAGCAACAACCAACAUAGCUAAUACAGAAAGCAGUCAGCAGACUCUCCAGAAUUCCCAGUUUCUUUUAACAAGGUUGAAUGAUCCUAAAAUGUCUGAAACGGAGCGCCAGUCCAUGGAAAGCGAGCGUGCAGACCGCAGCCUGUUUGUCCAAGAGCUCCUUCUGUCCACUUUAGUGCGUGAAGAGAGCUCAUCCUCAGAUGAGGAUGAUCGGGGGGAGAUGGCAGAUUUUGGUGCUAUGGGCUGUGUAGAUAUUAUGCCUUUAGAUGUUGCUUUAGAAAACCUAAAUUUAAAAGAGAGUAAUAAAGGAAAUGAGCCUCCACCACCUCCUCUUUGAUGACAUCCCAAUUCGCAGACAAUGUCCUCUGUGCUGUAUUUGCCAAUGAAAGUGGACAACAACUAUCUUGGGUUUGUUUGGUGAUUGUAAUUUCAGGUCUGUCACUCUUGUUACAUUGUGUACAUUCAAAAGGAAGAGAGAAAAUAUAUAUGAUAAUCAUUUCCACUUAACUAAUUUUUACUUCUAGCAGGUAAAUGUAGGUAGCAGUGCAGGGGUGAUCUCUGCUUCCUGUACCUUGACAUGCAAAAGGCUCUCCUAAUACUCCACAUUCAAACUGAAGAGGAAAAUUGAAAUCUCUAAUGAAGCUGCUGUGUGUAUUUAUGAAUAUUAAUGAAUAAAAACUGCUUGGAUGGUUUACCUUAACUACUGCAUGAGGUUUUUUGCAGCGUGCAUGAGUUUUAGUGACCUUGUUAUUUAAGAAGUUAAAUACAAGGAGUAAAACUUAAAAAAAAAAAUACAAAGCCCAAAGCUUUCCCAAACAUUAUUCAAUGGUUACACGACGAAGUAGCUUUUGAAUAAUGUCUGCCUGAAUCACCUUUCUUUGUGUGCCUCCUACGCACAAAGCCAGCUCUGCAGUGGAAUCUGGGGAUUAUAGCUGGGUGUGGCACUCCGCCCUGUGUGACUGUCCUGUCGCCCUGUUAGUCAUCUUGCCUGUGUGGAGCUCAGCCUGUCUCUUUAACUCAUCUGUAGAAGACACACCAGUAAAGCUACUGUUGGAAUCUGCUGCAGGGGACUUUGUGUGCCCUAAAAACAAAUCCUGUUCAUGUUUGUUUAAAGUUUUUACUUUUUGUGGUUGUUUAAAAUUUUUUCAAUUGUUAAAUAUGUUUUAUUCAGGUGUAGAUGAAUUUCAUUUAUUGACUGUUCAACAGAGUUAACCUGAAUUAUGUUGUCUUUGUUUUUAAAAAUCUCACAUUCUCAAUCAUAUUUUGCAUUAUUUAUGUAUUUGCUUUGUAGUUUGCUGAGACAGAUCAGUAUCGGGAGCUUUGAGGAUUUGCCUUCCCAGAUUUGUCAAUAUAUUACAACCAAAUUCUUAAUGCUAAUUUUAGCACCUUUUAUUUAUUGGGUUUUUUCUGGCAUAAAAAGUAAAGCCUUUUAAUUGAAUCAUGCCACCUAUAUGCCUAUAUUAUUAAUCCUAUGUGUAAAAAAAAUGUACAGCUUUUUUUGGGUUUGUUUUGGGGUUUGGAAGGGCCGGGUUAUUUUUUAUUUCCUGUUUCAGUUUUUGUGCAUAGACUUUCACAAUAGCUCCAAGGCAGGGACAGCGGGUUUGGGGGUUGGGAGGGCAGUUUUUGGAAUGUAAAUUUAGGACUUUUAAAAAGGUGCGCACAGCUUCUGAUAAAUUUAUAACUAGACUUAACCUAAUCAUGUCUCGUUCCAGUUCUCUUUUCUCUGAGCCCUUUUCAAAGUCUCCUCUCUUUCUCCUGUCAUCCUUUUCCUUUCCUGUCCGUGUAUCUCCGUUUCUUCAACAUGACAAGCAUACAGACUUGAACACCCCUCCGGUGUUCUUCCAAGAACUGUGAAGUCCAUGUUCAUCCAAAUGUAACCAAAAAAGAAGUCACCCUACAUGUCUGAAAAACUGUUGCUUCUCCUCUGAAACUUCAAACUCCAACGAUUUCCAAAUACAAUAGCUUUGUUUUCUUUAGUUCUGUAAUGGAUAAUGUUUAAAGGAAAACUUUACACCAGGCUUCUGGUUACACUAGAAGUCAAGCCCAUUAGGGAUUUUCAUUUUUUUUCAAUUGGUUGUUGAGAAGUUUCAAAAAUCAGUUUUCAAGCUGUGGUCUUUCAAACACAUCUGCACAUAAGUCACACAUUUCAAUAAAGCAUUUUCAAGACUGUU